CGCAAUGUCAGAGCCUCAGUGCGUUGCUCCCUGCAAAAGAACCAAGAUGACCACCACUUUGGACCUGCUCAAAGCCCUAACCACCGUAGUGGCUGACACCGGGGACUUUGAAGCUAUGAAAGCUUACAAACCUACAGACGCCACCACCAAUCCUUCUCUGAUACUACAAGCGGCUAACCUGCCCCAAUACAAACCCUUAAUAGAAAAAGCCAUUAACUAUGCAAAAAAAGUGGGCACAAGUGCAGAAGACAAGCUGGAAAAUGCAAUGGACUAUCUGUGUGUCUUGUUUGGUGUGGAAAUCCUCAAAAUAGUGCCGGGCAGAGUAUCUACAGAGGUCGAUGCUAGAUUAUCCUUUGACACUGCGGCCAGUGUUGCCAAAGCCUUAAAAAUCAUAAAACUUUAUGCUGAGCAGGGGAUCAAAAAGGAGAGAAUUCUGAUCAAGUUGGCUUCGACUUGGGAAGGCAUCCAAGCGGCCAAGAUUCUAGAGUCUCAACAUGGCGUUCAUUGCAAUCUAACGCUUUUGUUUAAUUUCGCUCAAGCCGUCGCCUGUGCUGAGGCCGGUGUGACACUUAUUUCACCCUUUGUAGGCAGAAUUUUGGAUUGGUAUGUGGCAAAUACGGAAAAAAAGAGCUAUACAGGUGAGGAAGAUCCAGGAGUAAUCUCUGUAACUGCUAUCUACAAUUACUACAAGAAAUUCGGUUACAAAACCGUCGUUAUGGGCGCAUCUUUCAGAAAUACCUCGGAAAUACGAGCUUUGGCCGGAUGCGAUCUGCUCACCAUCAGUCCCAAAUUACUGGGCGAACUGGAGGCGAGCACGGAGCCCCUUCCGAGGAAACUGAGUCCCGAGACCGCGGCCAAGAGCAACGUGGAGAAACUAGAGCUGACCGAGGCGAAAUUCAGGUGGUUGCUGAACGAGGACCAAAUGGCCACCGACAAACUGUCGGACGGCAUCAGGAAAUUCGCGGCCGAUUCAGUCAAACUGGAAAAUUCCAUCAAAGCUUUGCUGAGUUGAACAACAAAAUUUUCUCUCUCUUUAAAUAUACCCAAAUGUAAAGAAACAAAUGUAUUUUGAAUAAACGAGGUGUGGUCGGUAUUAGAGGUCCGUUUCUUGAGCGUGUCAUUGAAGUUUACAUAGUUUGAUUGAUUGUACAUUCCAUAGUUUAUAUGCCUGAAAUGCGUGCAUAGUCGUUGCGAUGAUUGAUGAGACUAUCAGAGUAUUUGAACUUGGAUGGCAUGUUUUUGAAACAAAAUUGUGCAACAAAAAUUAUAUUUUUCUUGUUAUGAAA